AAUAAUAGUGCUUCAAAUUAUGCUGAACUUGAUAUUGUUCUUUCGCUUGCACUUCCGGUUGGGGUUUACUUCCUGCGACAUAAGCGUUCUUUCUGCCUGCCUAUGGCCACCCAGCCGAACAUUGCGCUUAGAUGAACUGGGUGCUUUUGUUAUUGUUAUCUGUAAUCUGUAAACAAUUACCGUCAUGGCGGGAUUGUCCUUACCCAACAAAUCGGUGAAGAACUACAGGCUGGGAGAGAGAGCUGCACGGCCGGUCUCUGAGAGACACGUCGUCUGUAACGGGAGAUUGAUAGCAAGUGAAAGGGCUCCAUCCUACUACUACAACGGCUGGUACCCCCUGAGGUCUUGCUCUUACCCAGGCCACGAAGCUCAGAGCGGAGCCGGGAUCAGGAGCUUCAAGGAUGCUUCUUUUAGAAAUGGUCGCGUGUUCUGUGACGUUUGCGACCCCCCUGAUAACAGGCGUUCGAAAAAGAGGAGGGAGGAAGAGGAGGAGGAGAGGUGUUGUAAUUUGGACUGUCGGCGUACUUGUGUAGCCCCUAAGCGGCAGACGCCCGAGCUGCCCAGGUGUAAACCGCUGUCACGUGACCCGAGGCUCCGCCCACCAGUGAACCACAUGGCUAACACCUAUUGGCGCUACCACGACCCUCAUUUCUGGCUGAAUCAGUCCACUCUACCUGCUGAUGCCAAUGUGCACAAAUACAACUGGUUCAAGCGUGAGAUGGAAUCCGUAAACAAAGAAAACAAGUGGAAAAACGAAAUGAGGAUACGCGAGUGCUAUGACCAGCUCAAAAGAGACGAGAAACGACAACAGCUCAGUGCAGAAUUACAAGAAAUGCAAAGAGCGCUGAAGGAACAGCAAAAGAAAGCGUCGUUUAAUAACCCUCUGGAUACAAGGAAAUUGUUGAUGGAAUCCGGUUCCAUCGAGUACAAGCCGUCAAAUUCUGUCACGCCCAAGACCCCAAGCACGCCAGCGUCACCGCCUGGGGAGAUAGAAGAGGAUGAACCUGUUGUAGAACACUAAGAAGAACCACAGUUUUUGUUUUAAAAUGUGAUAAUCUUUUGGCGUUUGGUCAUGUAGUACAUCGACAUGCGACCACCAAUGGUGUUUGGUCAUGCCGUGCAGUACAUAAAAAUGUGACCAUUAAUGACGUUUGAUCAAGCAGUUAUACAUUUUUAAAAAAGACAAUCAGUGGCAUUUGGUUUUGUAGUACUAGUACUAGUACAUCAAAAUAAGAUCGCCAAUGGCCUUUGAUUAUGCAGUACAUCAAAAUGAAACCAACUUGGCGUUUGAGCGCGUUCACACAUCAUCAAUAUUAUUGCAACAGUCAGUGAAGCUUCAAUAUGUACAUUGUACAUAUUAUACGUUUUAUUGUAACAAUCAGUGGCGUUUGAACAUGUAUUUACAUCAUAAGUAUACACAGUCAUUGAAACUUGAAUGUGCACGUAGGCCUAUAUCAUAAUUGUACCCGCCAAUGGCGGAGAGUGAAGGCAUACGGCAUCAAUCAUGAACAUGUAUAACAUGCCGUCUGACAACAACCGGACGCAACAGAUUAAAGGGACAUAACCAUA